AUGACUCGAAAGCGCGUCUCGUUUUCAUUUUUUCUAUGGGGUGCGUUGAUAUUCUAUUACAAAUCACAACAAACUCAGUCAUUUUAUUUUCGAGUUUGCAGAGCUACAGUUUGCCAUAUAAUCGAAGAAACUUGUUGUGCAAUAUGGAAAGUUCUCAAAAAAGUCUUUCUACGAGCCCCAAAUGACGUAAAAGAAUGGCAAAAUAUUAUUAAAGAGUUUGAUCAAAAUUGGAACUUUUUACAAUGUAUAGGAGCUAUUGAUGGAAAGCAUGUACGCAUUAAAGCACCUGCAAAAUCUGGACCUUCUUUUUAUAACUACAAAGGGUUUUACAGCAUGGUUUUAUUAGCAAUUUGUGAUGCUAAAUAUUGUUUCACAAUGGUUGACAUUGGGGCUUAUGGAAGGGAUAAUGAUGCUGCCAUUUUAAAUGCAAGCACGUUUGGGAGGGCAUUUAAUAAGGGUUAUUUUAAUUUACCAAAAAUUUCUGAAUUUGAUCCUAAAGUUCCACCGGUCUUUGUUGGAGAUGACAUAUUUGCACUUAAACCAUGGUUAAUGAAACCGUACCCAGGUAAAAAUCUUACUGUUCAGCAAAGAUAUACUUCAACAGUUACCUAA